AUGCAGGAUGUAACGCCGCCCUUCUUCCCACGUCGACCACUGGGUGCAAAUGGAGCGGCCGAGAUUAUCAUAAAAUGUCCAGAGUGCCGCCAGCCAACUAGAGUGCCACCUGAAGGCCUUCCAAUCAACUAUCGCCUACAAGAACUCUUAUCACAUGUAACCGAAGUCAGCAAUCAGCAAUCGAAUGAUCAGUGUAGCGCAGAUGGUAGUCCAUUGCGGAAAUGCUUAGCGUGCGACGAUGUCAUCAGCAAAGGCGUAUAUCUGUUGUGUCGCACAUGCCCCGGUGAAACUGUGCGUCAGCUUUGUUCGAUGUGUUGUCUUCGGAACCACAACGGUCAUGAUAUUGAAGAGAAACGGUUUGUGACUAUGCAGGAUGUAACGAAAGUGCAAUGUUUGCUAGAGGAAUUUGAAACUAUAGCGAAUGGCCUCCAACUGGAAAUUCUUUCGAGCAACGAUGAACUCGACAAGAAAGUUGCAACAGCUAGAGCCCUCAGUGAAAAACUGGAGAUGCUGCCUCGUCUCAUGAAAGGAAUUUGUGAAGAUUUCCACAAUAAGGCUACACUGAGGGUGGAAAGUUUUGUGCACGCGACGCAAACGUUCAUUCGUGAAGGCAUCUUUGAGGACGAGUUGAACUCGCGAACAGAUUCGAACGUGUGCGAGGCUUGGAACGUCGGAGGUGCGGCAACAGCGGCCUUGGCACCAGUGUACGCUCAAGUCUAA